UCGCGCCCGGCGCUCCCUCAGUGACAGAUGAAGGGGUGGGCGUUCCGGCUCUGGAGGACCCCGCCGCAGCCCCGGAAGCGCCUGGUCCAAGGUGGCGGUGGUGGUGGCUGUGGUUGCGGAGAUGCCUGCGGGGCUAGGUGGCUGGCCGCCGGGUUAGGAGCGGGUCCCGGACCCAGGAUCUCCGCGGCCGCUGCUGGAGCGCGGCCUGCGCCAUGGCGACCUCCGCCGCCUCCUCCGAGCAUUUCGAGAAAUUACAUGAGAUCUUCCGCAGCCUCCAUGAAGACUUACGAGCGGUGCCGGAGCGGCUCCUGGGGACUGCAGGGACAGAAGAAAAGAAGAAGUUGAUCAGAGAUUUUGAUGAAAAGCAACAGGAAGCAAAUGAAACGCUGGCAGAGAUGGAAGAGGAACUACGUUAUGCACCCCUAUCUUUCCGUAACCCUAUGAUGUCUAAGCUUCGAACCUACCGGAAGGACCUUGCCAAGCUCCACCGGGAAGUGAGAAGCACACCUUUGACAGCCCCACCCGGGGGCCGAGGAGACAUGAAAUAUGGUACAUACACUGUAGAGAAUGAGCAUAUGAAUCAGCUACAGUCUCAAAGGGCGUUGCUUCUGCAAGGCACUGACAGCCUGAACCGGGCCACCCAGAGUAUUGAGCGUUCUCAUCGGAUUGCCACAGAGACUGACCAGAUUGGCUCAGAAAUCAUAGAAGAGCUGGGGGAACAACGUGAGCAGUUGGAACGUACCAAGAAUAGACUGGUAAACACAAGUGAAAACUUAAGCAAAAGUCGAAAGAUUCUCCGGGCAAUGUCCAGAAAAGUGACAACCAACAAGCUGCUACUUUCCAUCGUCAUCUUACUGGAGCUAGCCAUCCUGGGAGGCCUGGUUUACUACAAAUUCUUUCACAAGCAUUGAACUUCCAACUGGGAAGGGUUUGUGGACCAGAAUUUUGACCCUGUGACUGAAUGGUGUGGGAGACGUGGAAUAAGCCUCUUGCUGCUGUGAGCUAACAGCUCCAGGACGCCCUGUGUGGCCAGACUGGGAGGCGGGGGGAGACGGAAAGCCAGUUAAAUGUGAAGCAACAGCACCAAGGCGAGUGUGAUAUACCAAGGUAAUAAAUGUUCUUUAUGACUUCUUUA